GAGAGUGGACGUCAUUCAUCUUGAAUAAAAUUUCUAAAUUUUACUAUUAUAAUAAAUUAAAGCCUUUUAUAUGAUUUAUAUACAGCGUUCCUGUUCAUUUAGUGAAUUAAUUAUUAAAGUAGUGUAGUGAUGCAUAUCUGAUUUAAUCAAACGUUGUGUGAUGUAGAUGACGCUAUACGCUAUUGUGUCAGUGAUGUAAUUUAGGUGAUUGGGUGGCUUCCUCUUCUAAGUACUACAAUGGAGGAAUCUUCAUUUACGAUUCCAGCUGAUGACAAUGGCGAUUCUGAGCUCGACCCUAGAAUACAGGUGGAGCUGGAGAAACUUAACGCGGCAACUGACGAGAUCAAUAAGCUGGAGUUGGAGCUUGAUGAGUCGAUGAAAACAUUCCACCUGCUACUGGACGAGACGUCGCGUCGCCUGCAGGGAUUAACCAAACGGCUGGGCACCUGCGUGGACAGGUCGAGGCCCUAUCACGAGGCGGUAGCAGCUGCCGCCGUUGCCAGAGCCGAGUGUCAGAAAGCUGCCGUUCAAUUCCAAAGAGCAAGUGAAUUGCACGCGGCUGCAAAAGAAACAGUGACUCUUGCGGAGCAGCGCUUUGUGAGCAAGCAGGACGAGUGGCAGUUCGACAGCAACUGGCAGGAGGUCCUCAACCAUGCCAUCAUCAAGGUUAUGGACGCAGAGAAGAGAAAAGCUGAGAGUGGACGUGAGCAUCAAAAGAAAGCUGCAGCGUACAUCGCGGCCGAAAGAAAAGUAGCACAACUAGAAGAAAAUUUGAAACGCAGCAUCAUAAAGUCGCGCAUAUAUUUUGAGGAGAAGAAAUUGUGCGACGAACAAUUGCAAACGCAAAAUGAGAAGAUUGAAAAAUUGCAGCGUUUAAUCGCCGACGCAAAAUUCCGCUACUCAAAAUCCCUGAAAGCACUGGAAGAGAUAUCAGAGGAGAUUCAUAGACGUAGAGGGGAAUAUCCGCCAGGGAAGGAUUCCAUACCAGUUGGUCCUAGGGAGCCAGGAGUUGGGGCAGAACACGAUCCAAUACAUGAUGAAACGCAGUUGGAUGGAAAAGAAUUAGAGAAAGACGACGAGCCUAGUUUACAAGAGCUUAGGAAGAGGGUAAGAGAGUUGGCGCUAAAACCAAUAGACCGAAGCGAUGUGGACACGGACGAAGCAUGGGCACAAGAACUAAACGAGACAAUAAACAAACUAGAUCAGUUAUUGAUGAUGAAGGAAAAUAAUCAGCAGAAGAGGUCAAAGUUCACAGCGAGCUCGCCAAGAAAUUUUAGCGCACCCACAACAAGCACAAACACAGCGCAUAGAAACAGCCAACCGCCGAGCGAUAGCUGGAAAACUGAGUCGAAUUUGACCAAAACAAAGUCUAAAAGUCGGGAUGUAGUGUUUGAAAGUGUAAACACAUCUAUGAAUAAGACAGAGAAGUCUAAAAGCAUGAUGUCGCUGGAUGUCCUCGCAUUAGCAAGAGAUGCCACGAUUAUGGACCGCGAGUCGUAUUUGAAAGCGGUUAUAGAGGACAAGUCACCCACGGGCACCUACACCGAAAGUAAUUCUGAGAGGAAUGAUAGCCCUGAUGAUAUUUUAAUGGUCGAAUGCGAUUCCAGUGACUCUACACAACAUCCCGUGAUUAGAAUGACAAGCUCCACUGUCACGGACAGUGAUCACAGCUAAAUUGGCAUGUCAAUGUCUUCUUAAUUCAAAUUAAUUAAUAAAAAAAACGUAUACAGUACGUUAUAGUAAUUGUAAUAAAGGAUAUUAAAUUUUUUGAUAAAAUUAAAGUCCAUAUUUACAUUUCCGUGAGUGAGGUAAAAAUACACGUUUAAUGUCAAUUUUUAUGGUUGGUAUGAGAUAUGAUAAAUUUAGGUUGUGUGUUUUAGAUGACGUCUUUCUGUAGUUUGGCACUUCUUAAAUAAAUGAAUUGGGUUUUAGCACUCUUUUUUACAUUUGUUAAAAGUAGAAAUGAAAAUGUAAUUAGUUUUAGUUUUACAUUUAAAAUUACUGAACGUCAAAAGAUCUAAUCGUAAAAAGAGAAGUGAAAUGCUUGGAAAAAAAAUAUAAAAAACAAAUGUAAUAGAAAACGGUUGAUUUUUUAAGCUACUAAAAGUUAAUUAAAAUUGAUUUAAAUAAAAUUUGUUUGAAAACUUUAACGCUAACUAUUCCAAAAAGCGUUGUUUAGAAUAUUUAGUAACAAAUUAAAAAAUUAUUCUGUCAUCAGGGUUUAUAAUGAAAAGUGGAAAGCAUAUACUGUGAGUGAUAUCUUAUUGAAAAUGUUAGAAUGAAGAUAUUUCUACACGCCAUAUCAAACCACCGCCAGCGCGAGCUCACAAGUCGAAAGUAUAAAAAUUUAUUAUUAGUUUUUAUAUUCUCAAACAUAGAUUGUGAAAGCGAUUUAAAAGAGUGGAGUUGAAUUUUCUGGUUUUACAUCAACUGAAUUACAACUUCUUAAUUGUAAAGCCAAUUUCAUUUUUGAAUACGAUCAGAAUAGACAUUCACAUUUUUACCUUCUCUGCUUCAAUUUUAAUGAUCUUUCAUUCUUUGCUUAAGUUUCCAAAAGCAAUAGCUCGAAUUUAACAUGGUUCACCUGUGAUCCUCUAUAACCAAAUCUAACCAAAAUUUUACUUUAACUUGCCUUUUUCGACCUUUUAUCUCAAGGCAGCUAUAUUUAUUGAAAAAGAUGUUAAAUCAGAAAAUGAAACUCGAAUGGAAAAGACUGUGUUACACGGUUGAUACUUAUGACGGUUAAGUGAUUUAGAUAAUAAGUAUAUUAUGUAACUAAAAGUUUGUAAUACCUACAAACUUUGUAUGUAUGAGCUAUCAAAUUUAAAUAUAAUUUAAUUAG